AGCAGCGGUCGAGGUAGAUGAUGAAAACAGAGUGCCAUUGGAUUCUGUAAAUCAGAGUACAGACGAUGUUGUUGUAGUGUGGUCGUCUAAAAAUGUAGCUUUGUCAGGUAUUCCAACCAAAGAUGGUACCAUCGUCGACGAAGGAACGAUGAAAGAAGGACUGGUAAAUUUUGGAAAAGAUAGGGAAGAUAGCUUGGAGAGAGAAGAUAAACAUGAAGAAACUGGUAACCAGAAAAGAAAGGAAGGUGAAGCAGCAAUGGUAAACGAGGAAGAAGAAAGCAAUGAAUUAGUUGUAAAAGAAAUUACAGAUGAGGAAAACGAAGCUGAGAAAACUAUAAAUCUAGACGAAGAUAAUAGACUUUUUAUGAUAGACUUCAAUCCAGAUCCAAAAAAUCUUCACUGUUUGAUAACCAAAAAGAAAAAGAAAAAGACGAUAAAAAAUAAUAAUGAAAGAGAAGCGUAUAUACACGAUAAUGAUUUACUUUUCAACAAGAAAGGUUUGAAACUGCCACACUGUGCAAAAAAUAUAGAAGUUAUAGUGACGACGGAAAGACGGAAAUCGUUUUCUACGAUAUUGUCAAAAUUAGAACAAAAGUCAUCCGAGUUAUAUUCGGAAGAUACGCAACCCGGUACAUCGAGUACGCAAACUGUGGCUACGAACGAUGUGUCAUUAAAUACUGUACUACGAGGACGUAUAACAUUUCCAUUGACUGGUUUGAGAGAGAUUGUUAUCGAUGGGAAUAAUGUAGCUAUGGCACAUACAAAUGGCAAAACAUUUUCAGAAAUUGGGUUAAUGAUAGUUAUUAAUUACUUCAGAGGUAGAGGACACCUGGUAAAAGUGUUUGUACCUCAAUAUAGAAGGUCGAUAAAUUGUCCACUGCUCGAAGAAUGGUAUACAGAAGGUAUAGUAGUUUUUACACCCAGUAGAUAUAUAGCUGGAAAAUGGAUAACUCCUUACGAUGAUCGAUACAUAAUACAGUAUGCAACAAUAUGCAAAGGUAUCGUAAUUUCCUCGGAUCAGUUCAGAGAUCUGUACAAAGAAAAGCCAGAAUGGCGCGAUACGAUUAUAAAUCGAUUAAUGGCUCCAACUUUUGUUGGUGACAUAGUCAUGUUUCCGGAAGAUCCUUUAGGCAGAACAGGGCCCACGCUUGAACAAUUUUUAAGGCACUAAAUAUGGGAAAUUCAAUUUAUAGUAAGCAACAGAUGAAAAUAGAAUGUAAUGGUACACCGGUGGAAACUUUGUACAGUUAAGUUCUAUAAACUUCUCUUGUGAAAACAGUUCAUUAUUAGAAAAAAGUACUUUUUUCUUGUAUAUUGUACAAACAUACACAUUUACGUAUUA